AUGGGAUAUUACAUUCAUAUAGUUUCGUGUGCCCGGUGUAGAACUUCCUUCGUAGAUCAUCAUUCUGUCCUGUUUCCCCGAUUCUGUUACUUCCCUUUGUACCAACUCCUCAUAUAUAUUCAGCUCGGCCUUUUUCUAAUCCCUGUCUGGAUCAGUCGAUGUCAUCAUGUCACCGUCCAAGCAUUAUGAAGACGUUGAGAAAGCCAUGGCAAACUCAGACUAUGCACACUUGACCAAUAACACUGUGCAUAGCUUUAGCUGGGAUAAUAUUACGGUCACAGUUAAAGACAGAAGUUCGAAGCAGCCUCUUGACAUUCUAUCUAGCAUCAAUGGAAGGGUCGAAGCAGGGGAAAUGCUAGCACUGAUGGGUCCAAGUGGUUCCGGAAAGACCACGCUCCUCGAUGUACUCGCACAUCGAGCCGCAACAUCAAAUGCCGCUAUUCAGCAGACGCUCUGCAUCAACGGCACGCCGACAUCGCUCGCAACCUUUCGCAAACUUAGCUCGUAUGUCGAACAGGAAGAUGCGCUCAUCGGCUCCCUCACCCUCCGCGAAACACUCUAUUUCGCGGCACAACUCGCGCUUCCGAGUUCUAUCAGCAAGACAGAGCGUAAGACUAGAAUCGAAGGACUCCUUUCAGCGUUCGGGCUACGAGACCAGGCUAAUACGCUGGUCGGCACACCAAUCCGGAAAGGCGUGUCGGGUGGUCAGAAGAGGAGACUGAGUGUCGCUAGUCAACUGAUUACAAGUCCGAAGAUUCUGUUCCUGGAUGAGCCGACUAGUGGGCUGGAUUCGGCAGCAAGCUUUGAGGUUAUAAAGUUUGUGAAGGACAUUGCGAAGAAGUACAAGGUCCUAGUUAUUGCCUCCAUUCAUCAACCAUCCACGACUACCUUUGCACUCUUCGAUAAGCUCAUGCUCCUUUCGUGUGGCAAGGUCGCAUACAAUGGCCCCGUUUCCGAGGUCAAGGACUACUUCGAAAGUCUUGGUUACAACAUGCCGCUCUACACAAACCCUGCAGAGUUCAUCAUCCAACUAGUCAACACUGACUUCUCCCGCGACACGUCUAAAUCCGCGCAACAACUCGAGCACCUCCACACCUCCUGGUCAAAGUCACAGCAAGCCGCAAUAUUGUCACAAAAGAUUCACGAAGCAGUUCAGAAGCCCGCGCAAUUGGUCGCAACUUCAGACGUCGCUAGCCACCACGACUCCGCCAACCCAUUCCUCAUACCCUUCACAUUGAUUCAUCGCUCGUUCAUCAAGUCCUACCGCGACGUCGUCGUCUACGGCAUCCGCAUCGCAAUGUACAUGGGGCUCGCCAUAAUGAUGGGAACCGUGUGGCUGCGCCUUACCCCCUCGCAGACGAACAUCCAAGCCUUCAUCAACGCCAUCUUCUUCGGGGGAGCUUUCAUGUCCUUUAUGGCUGUUGCCUACAUCCCCGCGUACCUUGAGGAUCUCAGCAUCUACACCAAGGAGCGUGCCAACGGGUUAUACGGACCCACUGCCUUCAUAACAGCCAACUUCCUCAUCGGCAUACCGUACCUGUUCCUCAUUACUGUAUUGUUCUCGCUCAUUUCGUAUUGGCUGGGAAAUUUUACGCCGACUGCUUCUGGAUUCUUCACGUGGGUGCUCUGGCUUUUUCUCGAUCUACUUGCUGCUGAAUCGCUCGUCGUACUCUUAUCUUCUCUCAUCCCUAUAUUCGUCGUAGCGCUUGCCGCUACUGCGUUUGCGAAUGGGCUGUGGAUGUGUGUCAAUGGGUUUAUGGUGCAGCCGCAAACGCUCAAUGUGUUUUGGCGGUAUGUUUUCCACUAUAUUGAUUACCAAGCCUACGUUUUCCGCGGUAUGAUGGUCAAUGAGUUUGGCAGGAGGGAUUACACAUGUACGGUUAAAGAUGACGGGGUUUGUCAGUGUAUGUAUCCGAGUGCACUGCAGGACCAGUGCUUGGUUGAGGGGAAGGCGGUGUUGGGUAGUUAUGGGUAUAAAACGGGGGAUACGGGGAGAUAUGUGGGUUACCUUUUGGUCAUUGUGUUUGUGUAUCGGCUUUUGGGAUGGCUGGUGUUGUUUGUGAGGAAACAGUAGACUCGCGUUGAGAUCGUGUACGCCUCGUAGUCUGGUCAUCGAUUCCUCAAAUACACCCUCUCAAAAGUAAAACACACCCUCUGUCUUCCCCCCUUCUUUCCCCACACUUAGCUCGUUCAAACACUUCUUCACUCUGACCGCGGUGGCCGCGCCAAAGGCCUCUGUAUCGCUUAACGCCGGCAUCUCUGCCCUGUAGUUCACGUCUGGGCGCACCCAGACAACGCUCUGCACAUCUU